AUGUCAGCUGUGAACCUAUUGUCUUCAUUGAAAGAAAAACCAACGGACGAAAGCCAGACGAAUGGCUGUAACCAAUCAGGUCACGAAGAAAGCGGUGGAGCGGGCGGGGGCGGGGACCCGGCGGUGCUGGCGGUGGGCCCCGCGCGACGCCCACUCACCUACACGCGCGACGAGCUCAUGCGUUUGCGUAAUUCACCACUCGUCAAACGCGGGCUGGAGAACGCGUUCGCGGGCAACGAGACGCUCGCACUUGUUUUAAAGAGACGUUCCGAUUCACCCAACGAAGAAGAUAAGGGAGCUAAAGGAGAUACGCCAAAUGAAAACCAUAAAGGAGUGUACGGUCGCGACCGCGAGCGCGAACGUGAGCGCCGCUCGGCGGACCCGCGCGAGCGCGUUCGCAAGGAGAGCGAGCCGAGCACGGGCAUCGUGCUGUCGCCGCAGCGGCGCUCGUUCACGUCGGGCUGCGGCGCGCCCGCCGCCGCCGCCGCGCCGCCGCCGCACCUGGCGCGCACGCGGCCCGAAUCGCCGCUCUCGCACCAGCCCAUACAGAAGACUGAGCAGGCGGGCAGACGCAUCGGGUCCGGUCGCAUCAUGGUGCGCGACGUGCCCGCCGCCGGCUGGGAGGAGGCGGAGCACGACAAGCGCGACACUCGCGACACGCGCGACACUCGUGACACGCGCGACACUCGCGACAGUCGCGACAGUCGCGACACGCGUGAAGUGCGCAACGAGCCGUACCGCCCGCCGCGCGAACGCGACCGCGACCGCGAGCGUGAGCGUGAGGACCGACGCACUAAUGGGGGGUUCGACCGUCGCUCGUUCAGAGACCGAGACUCCUACACCUCUGACAUCAAGAGGGAACGGGACGACCGAUUUAACAACGAAAAACAACGUGAUAGGGAGGAUAACCGUAGAUCUGGUGGUCGCUUCUCUCAACGAAGAUUUGAGAAGGAAGAUGAACCAGAAUGGUUUAGUGGAGGGCCUACAUCUCAGUUGGAGACGAUCGAGUUGCGGGGGUUCGACGAGCCCAUCAAGAAGAACGGACCCACUAGUAAUAAGGAGAAUGAGAAGUGGAACAACAAUGGCGGGUCGAGAUCGCCGGAGCGCUGGCGCGCCGAGCCCUCACCACCGCCGCACGCGGACUCGCUCAAUAACAGCAAUGAUAAGGAUUCAGGUGUGGAGUUGAAAACUGAGGAGCAGCCGCAGCCACCGGAGCAGCCUGACUUCAAUCUGGACGAGUUCCUCAAAUUUGACUCAAUACCUGAUGUCCUUACUAACGGCGGCAGCGAGACGGAGGGUAGCCGGUUCAGCCGCUGGUUCCGGCGAGACAGCCCGCCUGCGCCCUCCGCCACCGACCGCCACUACGAGAGGCUCAUGCACAACAUGAUCGACGAUUUAGACAGUUCAACCCGCGAGCCGCCCGCGCCGGAGCCGGCGUACCCGCCGGGCCGCGCCGCGCCCACGCCGCCCUCGCUGCUGGACCUGCUGCGGCGCGCCGGCGCGGACGCCGAACAGCGCUCUGCGGAAAUCAACUCGAUGGGUGGAAAGAUACACAGUCUAGAAGAGUUAGAGGCGCGACUGAGGCCGCAGCCGCCGCCCGCGCACGACCACGACCUGUCUGCCUUCAAACGACUUUUGGCGCAAGUGUCUGGGGGGCAUGCGGUUACGGCAGAGCCGCCGCGGCCGCAACCUCCGCAACCUCCGCAGCCGCAACCGCAGCCUCAGCCUAUGAGCUUACUACAGAUGUUGAGCAAGAGCAUGGAACAACAGCAACAACAACAACAACAACAGCAGCAGCAACAACAGCAGCAACAACAACACCAGCAACAACAACACCAGCAGCAACAACAACAACAACAGCAGCAGCAGCAGAAGGCGCCGCACAUCCCGCAGGAACUCCUAUACAAGCUCCUGCAGGUGCAGCAGCGCCAACAAGCUGCAGGUGAAUGUGGAAUGGGAGGUAUGGGCUCGAUGGCGCAACCUUCCGACAGGGACUUGCUGCAGCGACCCGAGGCUCAAGCUAUUAUACACGGAUUGAAAGCAGGCGAGAUCACAGUACAGAACCUGAUGCAGCAGCUCGGCAACCCUGGCCUGCAGAGCCGUCACCGGGAGCUGCUGCUCACCAUACUGCGCACUCAUCAACAGAGACAGCAAAUGGGCGGUUCUCCCCUACCCACGGGCGUUCCUCCCGCGCAUCUAGUGGUGCCUCCACACCACCAACCGCUCAGACUUUCGCCAUUACCUCAUCCAGCGUUUUGCGUGUCGCCCAUCAUGGCGACCAGUCCCAACACCCUCACAGUGCACCAUCCAGGCGUGCCCGCGCGCAUCCCGUCGCCGCGCGAGCUCGUAGCGCACACGCAGUCCAUAAUGCAGGGUGCUCUCAUCAAGAAGAAGCUGGAGGAGCAGCGGGAGAACUACCGCAGGCGGCACGAGGUGCAGCAGCCGAAACAACCUACACCCAUCUCUUUCACACCCACAUCUGUACUGCGUAAAAUGACAGCCGAGAAGGAGGAGGCCGGCAGCCCCAAGUCGUCGUGGGCGCCGCCCGCGCACUCGCUCCCGGCGCACGCGAAGCCGCAUGGCAGGCCUAUAGUUAAGCAAGGAACUCAAAGCGGCCCCGGACAAAUGGGAUUCGCACCCGGACAAUCUGAAUACCAACAGCAUUUGUUCAACCAACAGAUGGCAAAUGCUAAUCGAGCCUUUCCUCAUCAGCAGCAGAGACAGCAACCUACUUCGUUGAAUAGCAUGGGCGGUGUGGGCGGCAUGUCCCGCGGCGCCGGCACCACCCUACAUCAGCUGUUGGUACAGUCACAUCAAAGAACUUUCAAUGAAAUGGGCGGCGGCACCGGCGGUGGCGACAACCAACUCGCCCGCUGGUUCUCCCCCGAGCUGCUCGCGCGCGCUUCCGCCGGCAAGCUGCCCUCCGUGCACGUGCCCAACGCGCUUUCCCUGGAGGACCUUGAGCGGCACCACCACUCGCCCGCGCCACCCGUGCGCAAC